GGUUAAUAGCGUCGGUCUCACGAUUUUUUAUUUUAUUAUUAUUGUUAUUAUCCUUAGCCGGCACAACGUCGAAUUCAAAAUUACAGCAGAUAAAUCAACGCCCAAACGAUUGCUUGUGCACGUAAAUGAUUAUGGGCCCAAAAUUUGCAUAAUCAGCUAUGAAUUAAUCACGUGCAAAAAUUCUCAAUUUUGCGCAAUUUUAAUCAAGUGCUGUGUCUGCAGACAAACUGUUACGAGUUGAGUGGCUGCGGCGUUUCGAAAGUGGAGAGCUAAUGUUUAGACAUUUUUUUAACAAGAAACUUACCUCAAAUAAAGCUUGAUCCAUAGAAAACUUGCCUCAGUGUUUGAUCAUCGCUUCCAGGAAGUCGUAAAUAUUCUAUGGAUUUUCCGUAAAUACGUUAUCUACUAAAUUAAGCAAAUUUUAUGCUUGAAAGGAAUACAAUUUUCCGUAACUAAUAACUGGAAAUGAGGAGUAUUUUCAAAAUUUGGUUUCUAUGACUUUUCAAAAGUGCAAGUGUUUUCAAUGCAUAUCAGUAGAAUGAGAACGGAGUAUAUGCAACGGCCUCGAUUCUUGAAGAGCCAAUCGCAUUUCGAUUCAUGUGAAAGCCGAACGAUUCCGCACAAGGCCUUGAGCUUACGUGAACGCGUUUUCCUUAAUUUCAUCGCUUAUCUUCGAAAUUCUGCGAAAUUAAGGUAGUCAACAAAAAUCACGCUCAAAAAAUCCAGCUCGUGCGCAUCAAAUAAACCCGUAUCACGCAUAAGUACUACCAAAACAGCAACAUAAUAGAAUAUCACUUCUUUCACAUGUAAUAGCCUCGGCGCGUCUCCCGACCUUUGCACAAGAAAGAAAAAUGAGGCCCAACCGCGGCUCGGCGCUGUGAUCGUCUCUCAUAUACAUUAUAUGCUCGCGCGCGGAGACGUCGGUAGCAGAGCGCGCGAGUAUUCGACUGGAGUGGUACCUCGCGCUCGGAGAAAGUGACUUGCCUUCGCGGCUUCUGUACGGUCACCCACCAGCCUCGCGUCACUUUAGUCUUGCGCGAAGUGCUCGGCGUUGACCAAUCGCACCGAAUCGGGGAAUAAAUUCAAUAGCGGCUGCUGCUGCUGCUGCUGCUAAGUUGGCUCUUUACAGAGACUUGCGAGCGAAGCGGCAGAUAAGACUCGUAUCAAAGUGCCCGCCGAUGUGAUUGCAGCUCCAAGUGCUCGGUGCUCUCCAGUGUCUACGACGCGAGUUUGGUGCAGUUGUCGUUCGAAGAUUACGUGAUCGCGAGUUCAAGUGCAAAUAGUGCGAUUUUAUAAUCGUAGAUUUGAGUUGCGAAUCUAGCUGCUGUAUUUUUUCUGCUCCGCUGUUUCGCAACGCUGGACGGAGUAUCGGUUCUUCGCUGGAUUUUUCAACGCGCAAAGAUCUUAAAUAACCGGCCGCUGGCUAAAUAGCACGCGCUGGGAUUUCGCAUCACUCUUCCUUUCACUCGAGCUGCUAGUACAGUGACACUCCGCGUGCUUCGGUCGCGCGCAAUGAAACGUUAAAUUGUGCGCUCAUUGGUUAAUCGACAUAGCGUAUAACAUAGGAGCGAUUGAUUUGACUGUGGCAAAAUGUUUUUGGAGAUCGCUUUGUGGCUCAUUUUCGGGCUCAUCAUAUUCUGGGCACUGCUCGAUCCUGUCAGCAGAGUCGCCACUGCUGCGUGGGAAGUUUUGCUGCCGAUCUUCAACUCCAAGCCGGUGGAGCUGAAGAGCCAGUUUGGAGUGUGGGCUGUGGUCACUGGAUCUACUGAUGGAAUAGGUAAAGCUUACGCUAAAGAACUGGCUGCGAGGGGAAUGAACUUAAUCCUUAUCAGCAGAACCCUUGAGAGGCUAGAGAAAACCAAGAACGAAAUUUUAGAAAUCAACCCGGAAAUUGAAGUAAAAAUUAUCUCUGCCGAUUUUAGCAAGGGAAGGGAGAUUUUUGUCAAGAUUGAGAGUCAGUUGAAAGACAUCCCAAUUGGAAUACUAGUCAACAACGUUGGUAAACAAUACACAUACCCGAUGUAUCUCGGCGAGGUUCCAGAAGACGAACUCUGGGACAUCAUUAACGUUAACGUGGGUGCGGUGACUUUGAUGACGCGUCUAGUUAUCGACGACAUGAAGAAACGAGGUAAAGGUGCCAUCGUCAAUAUUUCGUCGGGUUCGGAGUUACAGCCGUUGCCUCUGAUGACGGUUUACGCGGCAACUAAGGUCUACGUGCGCAGUUUCUCGGAAGCGCUUCGAGCCGAAUAUUCGAAAUUCGGGGUCACCGUUCAGCACCUCACACCUCUUUUUGUCAACACAAAAAUGAAUGCUUUCAGUCAGCGUCUUCAGGUAUCGAGUUUGUUCGUUCCAGAUGCAACAACGUACGCCAAGAAUGCGAUAUCAACGUUGGGUAAAGUAGAUACCAGUACUGGAUACUGGGCACACGGGAUACAAAACUUUUUCACUCUGAUUCCACCUGUUUGGAUACGAAUGAGAAUUGGCCAGUUCAUGAAUCAAGUAUUAAGAGAUGACUAUUUUAAACAAAAACAUGCAUAACUGAAUAAGUAAACGAAAGUGUAGAUAUAUCUGUUAUUUUCUCAUCAAAACUUGCCAUCCUGUAAAAUUACGAGAAUCAUCAUUUUUUCGAUAUUAUUAAUUGUAAGCCAUUCAAAUUUCGCAAAAGUUUAUAACGGGAUCUUUAGAACUUAGAAAAUACUAUAAGUUUUUUAUGAUGUAUGACGAUAAAAAAUGUAAAAUAAAACAAUUUUUUGGAUAUUAGAUUUAUGAAGAAAGCUUUGUAUAUAAUAUAACAAAUACAUUACAUAUUGUUUUUUUUCUAAAUAAAGUUAUAAGCAUUGUAAAUAAAUAAAAA